AUGGUUUCGCUUACAGGGGCAUUUGGGAUGCCUCCAUUCCGAGAGCGAUUGGGGACGGGAUGCACAAAGGACAGCAAGGUUUGUUUUAAACUUUACUACACCACUAACUGAUGGAUUAAUGCCCGCCGCUGCUAGUCGCAUUCAAUGUGUGCAGAAACUCAAACACACAAAAGAGCACUCUUGUUUUAAUGUUUGCGGAUUUUUCGAAAUCUAACUUUUUUCCACUUUCAGGACUCGGGCAUCGAGGUGCGACCAAAAGCGAAGCGCCAUCGGAAUCGUCGACGAGCCCGCAUGCAAACAAGGUUAUUUUCUCUACUUUUUCCUCAAACAAUAGUGCUAUGUGUUGAGAAGCUUGCCCUCCCCUCUAAAAAUCGAUAACACCAAACCCGCGGCGGGAAGGGCGAAAUUUCGCACCUGGCGUGUACGUUUUUGAAGCAAAAACAUGUUUUUCAUUGUCAAACGAUUCGAUUUCGCAAUGUUGAUCUGAGACUUGCAUGAAAAAAUCGUCUUGGGGGGAGGGGAGUGAAAAAGUAAAUACUGGAAGAAAUGAGAGUGAAAAAGAAUGAAAAGGAGGUCAGAAACAACAAGAAAUGACUUAUUUUUCUUACCUUCUUUCUGUCUGCCCCCACUCUCUCUCUCUCUCUCUUCUCUAUCAAAUAUUACACAAACAUACAUAUUGCGAUCGAACCGAAAAACCGAAACCGAAACUUUUGUCUUCUUUUUUGCAGUUCUCGCAAGAAGCCAAUCAGUUCGAGAGAAGGAGAAGAAGAAGAACCAUUUCGACAAGAGGACACGAAACAGAGUGUUGAGAAUGCGGUACAGAAAGGAAGAAUUGGAAAGGAGGGAGAUUUUCAAUUUCAGAUUGUCAUUGGACUCUGGCUAGCGGUGCUAUACGUGACCAAUCGCGUGUUCGGACUGCCGUUCAAAAUAAUGUGGCCGGCGAGGAUAAAUCAGUAAGUUUUCACUAAAUAUUGAAUGAUCGGAAAUGAUGACAAUUUGGUGCGGAGUAUGUGCGUUUCGUGAAACUUUUGAUCACAGUUAUUGAUAUAGUUGCGAAAUCAAAAUAGUCUGCGUGUUUAGUUCGGAGUACAGAAGUUUCUAUCACGGGCCAGCCCAGCCAUGAGGGCUUUCCUUUUCAAAGCUCACAAUAUCAAUAUUUCAGUGGCGCGGUCGCUCUCAGCUACCUGCUGAUCGGAAUCUGGGCACUGUGUGCCUUCUACUUCUACAUCAGAAAGAGGAACAGCGAAAUGCGGUGGUACAAGACGUACCCUAAGACCUACUACAUCGCUUGGGCCCUCCAAUUAAUCGGAUUUGCCAUGUAAGCUUGUUUUUCUAAUCGCGGAUCGAAGACUCAUCCCCCUUUUCCAGAUUCUGCUUGGCGACGUACCCGCAAAUCCACAGAUGGAGCUUCCUUGUCUCCACUUUCUACUUCUUCUUUUUCGCCACCAUCAGCAACACGUUUCUGUAA